AUGAUUGAGUCGUUGAGUGAAUAUUUGGUGUCCGAAGAGGUCCUCAAUUCUCGCUUAAGACGACUGACAGACAACUCAUUGACUUUGAACUCAAUUGCACUUAAAGAGGACACCGGGGGCUCACUUUUAGGACAUCCACUCGACACGAAUGGCUAUCGACUGAAAGAAGUGAAGGAUUUGUUGCGAACCAAAGACCAGCGCUUAAGUGUUGUCCAAAUCCAGCAAAUCGGUGGUCACUCUAACCAUACAAAUGCAUUGAAUGACACGUUUGAGUCGCAGUUUGUGUCCAGUAAUCAUGAGAUCAUCACUAAUAAAGAGCUAAAAGAGAUGUUAAUGAAAAUGAUUGACAACUUGUGGACAGACGCCGCGUUUGGUGUGAUAAGUCUCGUCAGUACUUAUGAUUUGGAUAUCAAGUCAUUAGCGAAUGGAUUCAUUAGAUCUCCAGUUCCCCUCUCACGAGCGCCUCUCAAUACACUCCAAUAUAUAGAUUACUCCAGGAUAUGA